UCUCUCCUGACGUCGUUUCCUUCCAACAUGGCGCAGGGGCAGGUUGCUCAUGGCUGAGCUGAGUGCUGCUGAGUGCUCCUCCUCCCGCAGGCCCGUCAGCUGGACUCUACCGCCGCCGCCCGAGACAUGUAUGAGGGCAAAAAGACCAAAAACAUGUUCCUAACCCGAGCUCUGGAGAAGAUCCUGGCCGACAAGGAGGUGAAGAAGGCUCACCAUUCGCAACUGCGCAAAGCCUGCGAGGUGGCGCUGGAGGAGAUAAAAGCAGAAUCUGAGAAAUUAAGCCCACCUGCCGGAGAUAACAAGUCAGGUUCCAGUACUCUGCCCCCCAUCAAAUCCAAGACCAACUUCAUCGAAGCAGAUAAAUACUUCCUGCCGUUUGAGUUAGCGUGCCAGUCAAAAUGCCCCCGCAUCGUGAUCACAUCUCUGGACUGUUUACAGAAACUCAUAGCCUAUGGGCACCUUACGGGCAGCGCCCCGGACAGCACGGCCCCAGGGAAGAAACUCAUCGACAGGAUCAUCGAGACGAUCUGUGGCUGCUUCCAGGGGCCACAGACCGACGAGGGUGUUCAGCUGCAGAUAAUAAAGGCCUUGCUGACCGCAGUGACCUCCCAACACAUCGAGAUCCACGAAGGCACGGUGCUGCAGGCCGUGAGAACGUGCUACAACAUCUACCUGGCUAGCAAGAACCUCAUCAAUCAAACCACGGCCAAGGCCACUCUCACACAGAUGCUGAACGUCAUCUUCGCCCGCAUGGAGAACCAGGCACUUACAAAUCACAAGAUCAGUUGGUCUUUGGCAUCCAGAAAGCGUGAUCGUCAGCUCCAGGAGGCAAAGCAGAUGGAGAGAGAGAGACACCGGCAGCAUUCUCCGCUCAGCCAGCAGGAGCCCGAAUCACCCCAGCUGCAGCCGGACACACAGGCCAAAGGCCAGGAGGCUAACGGAGGGCUUCAGGGCAGCAAAACCGAGCAGCAGGGAUCACCUCCCUACGAGAGUCCAGAACCAGAGAACGGCUCGGACUUCGGUCCUGCGGAGAACGAGCAGACGGAAGCAGACCAGGCCACGGCUGCAGCCCAGAGUGCAGCAGAGCAGGCAACAGAAGCUACUGAAGAGGAGGACAGCCCGAAUUAUGAAGAGAAAGCUCAGGAGAUCGUGCAGAGCAUAUUGCAAGAGGUUGUGAACACUGUGGCGGGAGGACACUGCCUGGACCCUGUUCAUCUGUGUUCAGAUGCCAAGGAGAGCGGAGGAGGGGAAACCGAGCCAGCUGAUGUCACGCCCAAUUCUCUGGAGGAAGAGGUGGGUCUGGGAAGCGACAACGAGAACGUCCAUGCUAACGGCAUCCCGGGAACACCCAUCUCUGCCAGCUUCACUCCAUCCCUGCCUGACGACAGGCUGUCUGUCUCCUCAAAUGACACUCAGGAAUCUGGUGCUCCUACGGGUCCGGCACCGGGUGCAAAGUUUUCACACAUUCUGCAAAAGGAUGCCUUCCUUGUGUUCCGCUCUCUCUGCAAGCUGUCUAUGAAGCCCCUUUCAGACGGUCCCCCUGACCCAAAAUCGCACGAGCUGCGCUCCAAGGUGCUCUCUCUGCAGCUGCUGCUGUCUAUCCUGCAGAACGCAGGGCCCAUCUUCAAGACCAACGAGAUGUUCAUCAACGCCAUCAAGCAGUACCUGUGUGUGGCGCUGUCUAAAAACGGCGUCUCCUCCGUCCCAGAAGUCUUUGAGCUCUCGCUGUCCAUCUUCCUCACCCUGCUGUCCAACUUCAAAACCCAUCUCAAGAUGCAAAUCGAGGUGUUUUUCAAAGAGAUUUUCCUCUACAUCCUGGAGACGUCCACAAGCUCAUAUGACCACAAGUGGAUGGUCAUUCAGACCCUCACUAGAAUAUGUGCUGAUGCCCAGAGCGUGGUGGAUAUCUAUGUGAAUUAUGACUGUGACCUGAAUGCUGCUAAUAUAUUUGAGAGGCUGGUGAACGACCUGUCCAAGAUUGCACAGGGCAGAGGAGGCCACGAGCUGGGCACGACCCCACUACAGGAGCUCACCUUGAGGAAGAAAGGGCUGGAGUGUCUGGUCUCCAUUCUCAAGUGCAUGGUCGAGUGGAGCAAGGAUCAAUACGUGAACCCUAACUCGCAGACCAGCCUUGGCCAGGAGAAGCCUUCAGAACAGGAGUCGAAUGAGUCCAAGCACCCAGAGACCAUUAACCGCUAUGGCAGCAUUAACUCUCUGGACUCCACCGCCUCCUCCGGCAUCGGCAGCUACAGCACGCAGAUGUCCGGCACAGACAACCCUGAGCAGUUUGAGGUGCUCAAACAGCAGAAGGAGAUCAUCGAGCAGGGCAUUGACCUGUUCAACAAAAAACCAAAGAGGGGCAUUCAGUACCUGCAAGAACAAGGCAUGCUGGGAACCACCCCCGAGGACAUCGCCCAAUUUUUACAUCAAGAAGAAAGACUAGAUUCGAGUCAAGCAGGAGAGUUUCUGGGAGACAACGAUCGCUUCAACAAAGAAGUGAUGUAUGCCUAUGUGGACCAAAUGGAUUUCCAGGGCAAAGACUUCGUAUCAGCCCUGCGGAUGUUCCUGGAGGGCUUCCGGCUCCCUGGAGAAGCCCAGAAAAUCGAUCGCCUGAUGGAAAAAUUUGCUGCUAGAUAUUUAGAGUGCAACCAAGGGCAAACACUGUUCGCCAGUGCAGAUACGGCAUAUGUCCUUGCUUAUUCAAUCAUCAUGCUGACCACAGACCUCCAUAGUCCACAGGUGAAGAAUAAAAUGACAAAGGAGCAAUACAUCAAGAUGAACAGAGGCAUCAAUGAUAGCAAAGAUUUGCCGGAAGAGUAUCUGUCAGCCAUCUAUGAUGAAAUCGCUGGGAAGAAGAUAUCCAUGAAGGAGACGAAAGAAUUAACACUCAAAUCAAAUAAACAGAGUGUGGCCAGUGAGAAGCAACGGCGGCUGCUCUAUAAUGUGGAAAUGGAGCAGAUGGCGAAGACAGCAAAGGCUCUAAUGGAGGCAGUCAGCCACGUUCAAGCUCCGUUUACCAGCGCCACUCACCUGGAGCAUGUCAGGCCAAUGUUUAAGCUGGCCUGGACGCCGUUCCUAGCAGCCUUCAGCGUGGGCCUGCAGGACUGCGAUGACACUGAGGUGGCCUCUCUUUGCCUGGAGGGCAUCCGCUGUGCCAUCAGAAUAGCCUGUAUCUUCACCAUUCAGCUGGAGCGAGAUGCAUAUGUUCAGGCCCUGGCUCGCUUCACUUUGCUCACAGCUAGCUCGGGCAUCACUGAGAUGAAGCAGAAGAACAUUGACACUAUCAAGACCCUCAUCACAGUGGCUCACACUGACGGGAACUAUCUAGGAAACUCCUGGCAUGAGAUUCUGAAGUGCAUUAGUCAGCUUGAGCUGGCCCAACUCAUAGGAACAGGGGUGAAGGCUCGCUACAUAUCUGGCACUGUUCGAGGUAAAGAGGGCUUCAUCACUAGCACCAAAGAGCAGACAUCAGACGAGUAUCUUGGCAUUGUUGGGGGGACUGUAGAUCGGAAACAGAUUGCCAGCAUACAAGAAUCCAUCGGCGAGACUAGCUCUCAGAGUGUGGUGGUUGCUGUGGACAGGAUUUUCACAGGAUCCACUAGAUUGGAUGGAAAUGCCAUCGUUGAUUUUGUUCGUUGGCUGUGUGCCGUAUCAAUGGAUGAGCUCGCCUCCCCGACACAUCCUCGUAUGUUCAGCUUGCAAAAGAUUGUGGAGAUCUCCUACUACAACAUGGGCCGCAUCAGGCUCCAGUGGUCCAGGAUCUGGGAGGUGAUAGGAGAUCAUUUCAACAAAGUCGGCUGUAAUCCCAAUGAGGAUGUCGCUAUCUUCGCCGUGGACUCGCUCAGGCAGCUAUCCAUGAAAUUUUUAGAGAAAGGAGAGCUGGCCAAUUUCAGGUUUCAGAAGGACUUCUUGAGGCCAUUUGAGCACAUCAUGAAAAAGAACAGGUCCCCAACCAUCAGGGACAUGGUGGUCCGCUGUAUAGCUCAGAUGGUGAACUCACAGGCGGGAAAUAUCCGCUCAGGCUGGAAGAACAUCUUCUCUGUGUUCCACCUGGCUGCCUCCGAUCAGGACGAGAGCAUCGUGGAGCUUGCCUUUCAAACCACUGGACAUAUCGUCACGAAUGUAUUCGAGAAGCACUUCCCCGCCACCAUAGACUCCUUCCAGGAUGCCGUCAAGUGUCUGUCAGAGUUUGCCUGUAAUGCUUCUUUCCCCGACACCAGCAUGGAGGCCAUCCGUCUGAUCCGCCACUGUGCCAAAUACGUCUCUGACAGGCCACAGGCCUUUAAAGACUACACGAGUGAUGACAUGAAUGUAGCCCCUGAGGACCGGGUGUGGGUCCGAGGCUGGUUCCCCAUCCUAUUCGAGCUCUCCUGCAUCAUCAACAGGUGCAAGCUGGAUGUCAGAACCAGGGGUUUGACAGUAAUGUUUGAAGUAAUGAAGACUUACGGUCAUACAUAUGAAAAGCACUGGUGGCAGGACUUGUUCCGCAUCGUCUUUAGAAUUUUCGACAACAUGAAGCUGCCGGAGCAACAAACUGAGAAAGCGGAGUGGAUGACCACUACUUGUAAUCAUGCGCUUUAUGCCAUUUGUGACGUCUUCACGCAAUACUUUGAGUCUCUGAGUGAUGUUCUGCUGGAUGACAUUCUCUCUCAGCUCUACUGGUGUGUGCAGCAAGAUAAUGAGCAGCUGGCCAGGUCAGGAACCAACUGCCUGGAGAACGUGGUCAUCCUGAAUGGAGAGAAGUUCACACCGGAGACCUGGGACAAAACCUGCAACUGCAUGCUGGACAUCUUCAAAACCACCAUCCCACACGUGUUGUUGACUUGGAGACCGGCUGGUGGGAGUGGAGAUCACAUGACCCAGCUGGACUCAGACAAACAGCUGGAUUCUGUGUCCCAGAAGUCUGUGGAUAUCCAUUCUCGGUCGGAGGAUCAGCAGUCCAUCAGCAGUAUGGAGAAGGCGCUGGCAGAGAACCGGAGGCACAGUCAGUUCAGCGUGGCUUCAGCAGAAGCCCAGGAGCAGAGGCUGUUUGCAGCGUUGCUUAUAAAGUGUGUGGUGCAACUGGAGCUCAUUCAGACCAUCGACAACAUCGUCUUCUUCCCGGCCACCAGCAAAAAAGAGGAUGCUGAGAAUUUCGCAGCUGCACAGAGGGAUGCUCUGGGCGCUGAUGUGCAGGUGGAGACUCAGGACCAGGGAAUGUACCGCUACUUGACCUCUGAGCAGCUGUUCAAGCUGUUGGACUGCCUGCUGGAGUCCCAUCGCUUCGCCAAGGCCUUUAACUCCAACAACGAGCAGAGGACUGCCCUGUGGAAGGCUGGUUUCAAAGGGAAGUCCAAACCCAAUCUGCUGAAACAGGAGACCAGCAGCCUGGCGUGUGGCCUGCGGAUUCUCUUCCGUAUGUACACGGACUCCAGCAGACAAGAUGCCUGGGAAGAGGUGCAGAGACGACUGCUCAAUGUGUGCAGCGACGCUGUGGCCUAUUUCCUCACCCUGACAUCAGAGAGCCACCGCGAGGCCUGGACCAACCUGCUCCUCCUCUUCCUCACCAAAGUGCUGAAGAUCAGUGAUGACAGGUUUAAAGCCCAUGCCACCCACUACUACCCUCUCCUGUGCGAGAUCAUGCAGUUCGACCUGAUCCCGGAGCUGAGAGCCGUUCUGAGGAAGUUCUUCCUGCGGAUCGGGCUGGUGUUCCACAUCGCUCAGACACUGGAGCCGGAGCUGAGCUCAGAGCCCAACAGUCCUCAAACACCUCAAGAAGCUUGAAACGUCCUUCACUGGACCAGAACGAUCCCUCGUUUUAUCUGCCGUCCAACUGCUUUAGGAUUCUAAUCUAACCUCUCUCCCCAAGAGACGGGCACCAGGGAAGACCACAUGCCUGAACGUGUACGAUGGGACUUGAUUAAUGAGCUGGAGGUUCCUAGGAGAACAUGCCAUGCUGAAGGUACUGGUAGCAUCCCACCACCCAGCCAGGGUCUACACUGGACAAAAUGACCAGGGCUUGUACAGCAGACUCGGAAAUCAUCUACAGGAACAUACUGGUGAUUAUUAACGACAACUAUUCUAUUCUCAAAUACCCUCGGGGCCCCUGGGAACGUUCUCGGAACGUUCAGACAUAUUUCAAAACAGAGUUUCUUGCUUUGUCUUGACAUUAUCUUAAAGCUGUCUAAAGAAUGAUAAAAGGUUUCAACAUCAAACAAACAUGAUCAGUAAUUAGUGAAAACGAUGAGUAAUGAGUAUUACUCAAUAAUUCUAAUGCCCUAAUUUUUUUGGUUUGUUUUGUUUUCACUUUUGCACCGCUAAUGGAUAACAUUAGCAUGAAUAGCUCCUCGGAUUAAAUUAGAUGUACAGAAAAGAAGCAGCUUUGUAAUAUAAUCUCAUAACACUAGAUUUUAUUUCAUUUUUUUCAGUUUCUCUGAAUUUGCUGCACUUGUUUUCCUUUUCAAAUGCACUGGAGAUUUUUACUUUUUGUGAUAAUUUAUUUAACUAUGCCAUCCCUCCCGGAUUGUCUGAGAUUUCUAAUCGAUAUAUCAACUAUAUAUACGCUAUAUAUAGUUAAAUUAUUCCAUUUUAUAUGUACUGACGCUUUUUUAAGUAAACAUAUGAAGAAGGCGACAACUGGGAUCCUUGAAAACUGGAACUUUGGCGGGGGGGCAAGGAAAAAGGAGGAAGACAAAAAAAAAAAAUUGCAACCUAAUGUGAGCUGCAUCUGAAUCACUGGUCUAUAUAUCCCUCUGAAGUAAGCUUCACUGUAUGUGUACAAAUUUAAAAAGCUAAUAUAUUUAAAUCUUCUCUUUGGUUUGGGGAUGGGCUGUAUUGUAUAGAACAUAAUGAAUAACGUUAGUUGCGCUUAAAAAAAACAAACAAAAAAAAACGUUGGUGUGAGGAUCCGAAGCAUUCCUGGUUACGGCGAAGAAGUGUAUAAUGGUACAGCACUGUAAAGUUUUCUAUGUGGAAUAAAUGAUCUGUACAACUCUGUACAAUACUGGUUAUCAUCCCACACAUCCUAACCAGGUCAUAGGUCAAUAAAGUUUUUGAACUUGG